GGAAGAGAUGGAGGAGGGGUCCUGACAGGGAGGCAGGCGCCGGGCUGCGUUUCUUCCCGCGAGGGCCUCCCCUUCCGACUGCCCGGGCCAGCUGCUCUGCCCCGACGUGCUGCGCCUUGCAGGGCGCCGUUUGGAAACUCCCGCUGCGGCUGGCUCCCUUUGCUCCAUUUUGCACACACGGCGUGUCUCUGUGCUUCCCCCCCACACACACGCCUGUUAUUCCCAGCCAGGCUGACGCUUCCUCCCCGAAUUAAUUCCUCCCCACUCCUUUUUCCCCAGAGAUGUCCCGGAGAAGGGAGGGAGCCAGCGAGUGAACGAGCUCUGGCGUGACGGGUUUGCCGAAAGCAGAUGUCAUUUAAGAAGGCUUCUGAAGACUUAUUUCUGGAGGAGAAUAAAUUCAAACAGGAUUGUGCUGAAUUUAUCAAAUGCUCACAACAAAUGGGAGACAAUUGGCAGUGGAUAAAUGUAAAGGACUCUGUGGAUGGUUACAUGAGUAAAACACACUUUGAACUGAAACGUGAAGGCAUCCCUUCAGAUAGAGGAGAAAUUAAAACUGGAGAAUUAACAUGUACACAUAUUGAGGACGGUCCAGAGGACUCACAAGUGGCUGGAAUUUCUACAGCAUCGGAGGUGAUUCGCUAUGAAUACCAUGUUUUGUAUUCCUGCAGUUACCAAGCUCCUGUACUUUAUUUUCGGGCAUGUUUUUUAGAUGGAAGGCCUUUAACUUUAGAUGAAAUAUGGGAAGGCGUACAUGAAUGCUACAGGGAACGCCUCUGGCAGGGGCCAUGGGAAACCAUCACACAACAGGAACAUCCAUUACUUGGACAGCCUUUCUUUGUACUUCAUCCUUGUCGGACAAAUGAAUUCAUGGCUUCUGUUUUAUCAAGUUCACAUAAACAAAACAGGAAUGCAAAUUACAUAAUCACCUGGCUGAGUAUUGUAGGCCCAGUUGUGGGUCUCAUUCUGCCUCUAGAUUACGCAAAACUCAAUUCUGAGCAGAGGAUGAGUGCUGAUUAAAAAGAUUUUGUACAGAAACACGGUUAAUGGUAGAGUAUGAUUGUACAAUUCCAAUGAUGUGGUUGAUCUCAUUCUUGAAACUAAAGACAACUGCAAGUCGAACGAUCUGUUGAAAUCACCAUGAGAUGUUUCACUGGAGACCCUGUUUCACUGAUGUGACAAACAAAUCUAUGAAAGAGUUCUAACUGGAACAUAAUAUAUAAUCCCAUUGGGAAGCAAACAUUGAUUUGUAUAAUGGUUUGUUGAACUAUUAUUUCCCACAAACUGAUAGAAUAACUGUUUUAGGACAACUUGUGGGGAAAGUAGCAGCUGCCAAAAAGGAUCUCUCUGCCUUUACUGUAUGGAAUGGAAUAAUGUUUUGCAAAUUGUUCCUUUGUUCCUAUUUUCGCUGAGCAAGACCUGUUAGCUAAAAAUACACAGAUUGCUCUGCACAUUGCAUAACAUAUGUGUCUUGAUAAAUUAGUAUGCAGUUUCUACAUUGAUGUAUGGAUCACACAGAGGCACAAUCUACAUGCACCUAUAUAGAAACCGACAAUUGGCCAUAACCUCCCCACCCAAUGUAUGCAUAAUAAUUUACACGCAGCAGUUCACACAUAGAAUCCAACUAUAUUUGAAAGUGGCCUGCUUGGUUUGUCACGUCUGCCCUGAUGAUGGGAAAAAUGGCAAAGCUAUAAAGUUAUAAUGUAAACUUGCCCCAGAAAGAUCUCAUGUUUUCCCUGCCUUACCAUUUUCUUUUCCUUGGCUCUAAUACUAGAACUGAGCAGGAGAGGAAGAAAGAUUUCACUCAACCAUAUGUCCCCUUGAUGCUAAAAUCUGGGUGGGUGGGUGAGAGUGGGGCAAUGUAAACUAAAAUAAAA